GAAGUGGGCAGAGGGCAGGCAUGAUGACUGGACCAGGAAGUGGGCAGAGGGCAGGCAUGAUGACUGGACCAGGAAGUGGGCAGAGGGCAGGCAUGAUGGCUGGACCAGGAAGUGGGCAGAGGGCAGGCAUGAUGGCUGGACCAGGAAGUGGGCAGAGGGCAGGCAUGAUGGCUGACCAGGAAGUGGGCAGAGUGCAGGCAUGAUGGCUGGACCAGGAAGCAGGAAGUGGGCAGAGGGCAGGCAUGAUGGCUGGACCAGGAAGUGGGCAGAGGGCAGGCAUGAUGGCUGGACCAGGAAGUAGGCAGAGGGCAGGCAUGAUGGCUGGACCAGGAAGUGGGCAGAGGGCAGGCAUGAUGGCUGGACCAGGAAGCUGAGAAUUUACAUCCUGGCAGACUUGGCAAACCAAGCCGAGGGAGCAAACUAGAAAUGGCGUCGAUUAGCAAGGUAAACGUAACAGAACCAUGGCUCAGUUUCCAACACCUUUUGGUGGUAGCCUGGACAUCUGGGCCAUAACCGUGGAGGAGAGAGCCAAGCAUGACCAGCAGUUCCAUAGUCUGAAGCCGAUAUCCGGAUUCAUCACUGGUGAUCAAGCAAGGAACUUUUUUUUUCAAUCUGGGUUACCUCAGCCUGUCUUAGCACAAAUAUGGGCCCUCGCUGACAUGAACAACGACGGGAGGAUGGACCAGGUGGAGUUCUCCAUAGCCAUGAAGCUCAUCAAGCUGAAGCUCCAGGGCUACCAGCUGCCCUCUGCACUGCCCCCCGUCAUGAAGCAGCAGCCGGUCGCUAUUUCCAGCGCACCAGCAUUCGGUAUAGGAGGAAUGGCUAGCAUGCCACCACUUCCGGCUGUUGCUCCAGUGCCCAUGGGCUCCAUCCCCGUCGUUGGAAUGUCGCCACCCUUAGUGUCCUCUGUUCCUCCAGCAGCAGUGCCUCCCCUGGCCAACGGGACGCCUCCCGUCAUCCAGCCUCUGCCUGCGUUUGCUCAUCCUGCAGCCACAUUGCCAAAGAGUUCUUCCUUCAGCAGAUCUGGUCCAGGGUCACAAUUAAACACUAAAUUACAGAAGGCACAAUCAUUUGAUGUAGCCAGUGCCCCUCCAGCAGCAGAAUGGGCUGUGCCUCAGUCAUCGAGACUGAAAUACAGGCAGUUGUUCAACAGCCACGACAAAACUAUGAGUGGACACCUAACAGGUCCCCAAGCAAGAACUAUUCUUAUGCAAUCAAGUUUACCCCAGGCUCAACUGGCUUCAAUAUGGAAUCUUUCUGACAUUGAUCAAGAUGGAAAACUCACAGCAGAAGAAUUCAUCCUGGCUAUGCACCUAAUUGAUGUUGCCAUGUCUGGCCAGCCACUGCCACCUGUCCUGCCUCCAGAGUACAUUCCUCCUUCCUUUAGAAGGGUUCGCUCCGGCAGUGGGAUGUCUGUCAUAAGCUCUUCCUCUGUGGAUCAGAGGCUGCCCGAGGAGCCGGCAUCAGAGGAUGAGCAGCAGUUAGAGAAGAAGCUACCCGUAACAUUUGAAGAUAAGAAGCGGGAGAACUUUGAGCGCGGCAACCUGGAGCUGGAGAAGCGCAGGCAGGCCCUCCUGGAGCAGCAGCGCAAGGAGCAGGAGCGCUUGGCCCAGCUGGAGCGCGCCGAGCAGGAGAGGAAGGAGCGGGAGCGGCAGGAGCAGGAGCGCAAGAGACAGCUGGAGCUGGAGAAGCAGCUGGAGAAGCAGCGGGAGCUGGAGCGGCAGAGAGAGGAAGAGAGGCGGAAGGAGAUCGAGAGGCGAGAGGCUGCAAAACGGGAACUUGAACGGCAGCGGCAACUUGAAUGGGAGCGGAACCGGAGACAGGAGCUCCUGAAUCAGAGGAACAAAGAGCAGGAGGGCAUUGUGGUCCUGAAGGCCCGGAGGAAGACUCUGGAGUUUGAAUUGGAGGCGCUGAAUGACAAAAAGCAUCAGUUGGAAGGAAAGCUUCAAGAUAUCCGAUGUCGGCUGACGACCCAGAGGCAGGAAAUUGAGAGCACAAACAAGUCUAGAGAGUUGAGAAUUGCUGAAAUCACCCACUUACAGCAGCAGCUGCAGGAAUCUCAGCAGAUGCUUGGAAGACUUAUUCCAGAAAAGCAGAUACUCAAUGACCAAUUAAAGCAAGUUCAGCAGAACAGUUUGCAUAGAGAUUCACUUCUUACCCUCAAAAGAGCCUUGGAGGCAAAAGAGCUGGCCCGGCAGCAGCUGCGAGAGCAGCUGGACGAGGUGGAGAGAGAGACCAGGUCAAAACUACAAGAGAUCGAUGUCUUCAACAACCAGCUGAAGGAGCUGAGAGAAAUACACAGCAAGCAGCAGCUGCAGAAGCAGAAGUCCAUUGAGGCAGAACGGCUGAGACAGAAAGAGCAGGAGCGGAAGAGCCUGGAGCUAGAAAAGCAGAAGGAAGAGGCUCAGAGACGAGUUCAGGAAAGGGACAAGCAAUGGCUGGAGCACGCACAGCAGGAGGAGCAUGCGAGGCCUCGGAAACCCCACGAGGAGGACAAACUGAAAAGGGAGGACAGCGUCAAGAAGAAGGAGAGCGAAGAGAGAGCCAAACCGGAAGUGCAGGACAAGCUGGGUCGGCUUUUCCAUCCGCACCAAGACGCAGCCAAGCCAGCUGUCCAAGCACCCUGGUCCAGCGCAGAGAAAGGCCCGCUUACAAUUUCUGCACAGGAGAACGUGAAAGUGGUGUAUUACCGAGCGCUGUACCCCUUUGAAUCCAGAAGUCACGACGAAAUCACCAUCCAGCCAGGAGAUGUAGUCAUGGUUAAGAGGGAAAGGGUGGACGAGAGCCAGACUGGAGAGCCGGGGUGGCUUGGCGGAGAAUUGAAAGGGAAGACAGGAUGGUUCCCUGCAAACUAUGCGGAGAAGAUUCCAGAAAAUGAGGUGCCCACUGCUGCCAAACCAGUGACCGAUCUGGCAUCUGCCCCUGUCCCCAAACUGGCUCUGCGUGAGACCCCUGCUCCUUUGCCAGUGACCUCUUCCGAGCCCUCUACAGCCCCCAACAACUGGGCAGACUUCAGUUCCACGUGGCCCGCCAGCACCGGUGAGAAACCAGAAACGGAUAACUGGGACGCAUGGGCAGCUCAGCCUUCUCUCACUGUGCCCAGCGCUGGCCAGUUAAGGCAGAGAUCGGCCUUUACACCAGCCACAGCCACCGGCUCCUCCCCAUCUCCCGUCCUGGGCCAGGGUGAAAAGGUGGAGGGGCUGCAAGCUCAAGCCCUCUAUCCUUGGAGAGCCAAGAAAGACAACCACCUAAACUUUAACAAAAACGACGUCAUCACCGUCCUGGAGCAGCAAGACAUGUGGUGGUUCGGAGAAGUUCAAGGUCACAAGGGGUGGUUCCCCAAGUCCUACGUGAAACUCAUUUCAGGGCCCGUCAGGAAAGCUACAAGCAUCGAUCCUGGCCCUUCUGAAAGCCCUGCUACCCUAAAGAGAGUGGCUUCUCCGGCAGCCAAGCCAGCCGCUCCUGGAGAAGAAUUUAUUGCCAUGUACACUUACGAGAGUUCUGAGCAAGGAGAUUUAACCUUUCAGCAAGGGGAUGUGAUUUUGGUUACCAAGAAAGAUGGUGACUGGUGGACAGGAACGGUGGGCGACAAGUCCGGAGUCUUCCCUUCUAACUAUGUGAGGCUUAAAGACUCAGAGGGCUCUGGAACUGCUGGGAAAGCCGGGAGCUUAGGAAAAAAACCCGAAAUUGCCCAGGUUAUUGCUUCCUACAUCGCUACUGGUCCUGAACAACUCACCCUGGCUCCCGGUCAGCUGAUUUUGAUCCGAAAAAAGAACCCAGGUGGAUGGUGGGAAGGAGAACUGCAAGCUCGAGGGAAGAAGCGCCAGAUAGGCUGGUUCCCGGCCAAUUAUGUCAAACUCCUAAGCCCUGGAGCGAGCAAAAGCACCCCAACCGAGCUCCCCAAGUCCGCGGCGGCGCUGCCAGCAGUGUGCCAGGUGAUCGGGAUGUACGAUUACACCGCACAGAACGAUGACGAGCUGGCCUUCAGCAAGGGCCAGAUCAUCAACGUCCUCAACAAGGAGGACCCCGACUGGUGGAGAGGAGAAGUCAGCGGGCAGGUGGGGCUCUUCCCGUCCAAUUACGUGAAGCUGACCACGGACAUGGACCCAAGCCAGCAAUGGUGUUCAGACUUGCACCUCUUAGAUAUGCUGACCCCGACUGAGAGGAAACGGCAAGGCUACAUCCAUGAACUCAUUGUCACAGAGGAGAACUACGUGAACGACCUGCAGUUGGUCACAGAGAUCUUUCAGAAACCGCUGAUGGAGUCUGAGCUGCUGACAGAGAAAGAGGUUGCUAUGAUUUUUGUUAACUGGAAGGAGCUGAUUAUGUGUAAUAUCAAAUUGCUGAAGGCACUGAGAGUCCGCAAGAAGAUGUCGGGAGAGAAGAUGCCCGUGAAGAUGAUCGGUGACAUCCUGAGCGCCCAGCUGCCCCACAUGCAGCCCUACAUCCGCUUCUGCAGCUGCCAGCUCAAUGGGGCUGCCCUCAUCCAGCAGAAGACUGAUGGGGCUCCGGACUUCAAGGAGUUCGUCAAAAGACUGGCAAUGGACCCUCGGUGCAAAGGGAUGCCACUGUCCAGCUUUAUCCUGAAACCUAUGCAGCGUGUCACCAGAUACCCACUGAUCAUUAAAAACAUCCUAGAAAACACCCCUGAAAACCACCCUGACCACAGCCACCUGAAGCAUGCCCUGGAGAAGGCAGAAGAGCUGUGCUCCCAGGUGAACGAGGGGGUGCGAGAGAAGGAGAACUCGGACCGGCUGGAGUGGAUCCAAGCCCACGUGCAGUGUGAAGGCCUUUCUGAGCAACUGGUGUUCAAUUCGGUGACCAACUGCUUGGGGCCACGCAAGUUUCUGCACAGCGGGAAGCUGUACAAGGCCAAGAGCAACAAGGAGCUGUACGGCUUCCUCUUCAACGACUUCCUCCUGCUGACCCAAAUCACGAAGCCCUUAGGCUCUUCCGGCACCGACAAAGUCUUCAGCCCCAAAUCUAACCUGCAGUAUAAAAUGUACAAAACGCCUAUUUUCUUAAAUGAGGUUCUAGUAAAAUUGCCCACCGACCCUUCUGGAGAUGAACCCAUCUUCCAUAUUUCCCACAUUGACCGAGUCUACACCCUCCGGGCGGAGAGCAUAAAUGAAAGGACUGCCUGGGUGCAGAAAAUCAAAGCUGCCUCUGAGCUCUACAUAGAGACCGAGAAAAAGAAGCGUGAGAAGGCGUACCUGGUCCGUUCCCAGCGGGCAACCGGUAUUGGAAGGUUGAUGGUGAACGUUGUAGAAGGCAUUGAACUGACCUGUCGAUCCCAUGGAAAGAGCAACCCAUACUGUGAGGUGACCAUGGGCUCUCAGUGCCACAUCACCAAGACAAUCCAGGACACACUGAACCCUAAGUGGAAUUCCAACUGCCAGUUCUUCAUCAGAGACCUGGAGCAGGAGGUUCUCUGCAUCACCGUGUUCGAGAGGGACCAGUUCUCACCUGAUGAUUUUUUGGGUCGGACAGAGAUCCGAGUGGCUGACAUCAAGAAAGACCAGGGCUCCAAAGGGCCCGUUACGAAGUGUCUUCUGCUGCACGAGGUUCCCACGGGAGAGAUUGUGGUCCGCCUUGACCUGCAAUUGUUUGAUGAGCCAUAGCAGCCCUGGGAUGAUCAUAGAGGACUUCCUUCUCUCAAGGCCCCCCACGCUGUCUGGUGGUCAGCCACGGGCCAACGGGGACAGCAUGGACAGAAGCCCCUCGGGGCUACUAGAAUUAGUUCUCGACAAUCCUGCCCUUCAAACCAUGUCCCAUUUUAUGAAUCCAAAUUCCUUUUCCUUUGUCUUCACUACAGGUCUCAUCAUGGCUUCUAGAGUCUCUGAAAUCCAUGACCUUCAACUAGCUUCCCUUGGGAGCCCGGCUCCGUCCCUGGGCUGGAAGUGUGGGUCUGGUUGCGAUAAAAGAGAUUUAUAAAUGCAGUGACUGUAUUUUGGAGAACUUGUGUAGGCCUCCUGUUUCUCACCUCUACGAGCCGCUUUGUAGACUACCUGGCCGAUGAUGCCCUGUGCGUGGUGUGUUUAGUCCGACUGAACUAAGUGAAGGAAUCGUUGCUGCUUUGGCGUCCAGCUCCCCCUGGGAAAUGGGGCCCUGGACUGAAUGCUGGGCACAAUGGCUCCUGGAGCAGACACUGACUUGGCUCUCUGGAGAGCUGUUACCGGAAGUUUCUCGAGUGUGCAUUAGAGGCUGUUCAGACCUCAACUAGAGUCUAUCAGUGAAAAGGCACUGGUGUACUAUGGGGUGGUUCAAGGUGUGCUUAGAGGAUGGUUCUGGAAGCUCAUCUGUGACGUUCGGUCCUGAUGCGUUAGGUCUACUUCGGGUCACUGGGAAGGCUCAAGGACAUCAUGGAGUCCUGGUUGCUGACUAUUAUCAGAACAUUGUCUUUGGUCUUGGAGGUCCUGUGAUAUUCCAUGAGGAGCCCUGUCUGGUGACCAGCCUGAGCUGAUUCUGUGUUUGAAUGUACUGGAUCCUGACUGUUGUGGGAAACUUCAACAGCAAGCUGUCUUUAGUGGUCACCCCAGGAAGUCAUGCCUUAGAUGGAUGAAGUCUGAAAGAGAAAGGAUUCAGGAUGGAGUUGGGAGGUGUGGAGAGAUGCUAAGAAAAUCCAUUACUUGGUGGUGGCGGGGAAGACCUUGGGAACACGUGAGCCCCACACAUGGGGUAGGAAGAUGGGAAACUCUUCCCAAGCUUUCGUGGGCGUACACACCAACUUCUUAAUAAUAGAAACACAUGAACUUUUUUUGCUAGAGUCAGGAGUGUGGACCAAGUUUUUGUUUGAAUGCUUUAGGUUUUCUUUUCCUUAAGUGCUAAGAGAUAGGUUGGUUAACUAGAUAACUUGAUUUGCUAAUGACAAGUGUGGGCCAACUUUUGUUCCUGUGCUGGCAUUCUCACACUCCCAGUCUGUGGUCAUGAUGUGUUCUUUGCAUGUCUCUGGAUCCCGGGGCCAGGUUUUCCUGUGGUAGGCGGUGUUCUUUUUUACUGUAGGUCCCCAGGAUCGAACUAGGGUUCUAGAAGUAUCUUAUAAAUGAUAGUGUCUCCGUGGCAGAAUAGCCACUCUGCUGACAACUGAAUGCUUCAUGUGAUCUCCUCCCAAAAGGUCUCUCUCUGUCCAUGUAUGUGUUUCAAGUGAUUUUUCAAAAAAUGUAUGUGGGAAAGGACAACAAAGUUUACAUUUCA